UGUUCUCUCCUCUCCUUAUCCUCCUCUCCUCUCCUCUUCUCUUCUCUUCUCUUCCCUCUCUUCUGGGAGGGGUUAACAAGCCCAUCGGAGAGUCAGAGAGCUAAUGCUACAUGUGAGAGUUUAUCUGAUUACCUGUGACGUCUGCUAGGCUGAGAGCUGCCUGUUGUGGCAGACAAACAGAGACCGGGAGAGGACAGGGGUUGUCUGGGUGUGCAGCACCACUGCUGUGGGUGCUAGCUACACUUCAUUCGAACAGACAGAAAGACAGGGAGAUGAUUUGGCUGGGUGUGCAACAGCAGAUCGUCUGUAGGCACUAGCUACACUUCUCUCCUCCAUGUCUAACUGUAAAUCAUAGAGCCUUAAUUUGCUCAGUGUUGACUCCCAGCCAGGGACAUCAGUCAGGGGUCAAUGUAGCACAUUUCAGCCCUGCAGCCCACAGCGUGUGAUGGAUGAUGGAUCAUAGAGGCUGGGUGCUACUUGGCACGUCGAGUUGCACCGACGGUAACACUGUGCCUUCAGACACACUGUACUGUACACUUUAAACAGCAGCCAGGAGAAGUAGAGGACAUAGCCAGACUGUCUGUUGCAGUCCAAUGUGAUGGAGUAGAUGUCUUCUUUCUACUGGCUGCCUCAUGGGGAUGCUGCAGUAGGUUCUCAUCCCACGUUGGGUGCCAAGUACAGCUCUGUAGCAUUCUAGCCUGGAAUCACUAUUGAUUCACUUGAAAGUCAUGAUGGCAGAACAAUUCAGUUUGGAUUCCAGAACAGGCAAGUAGCUUUCAGGAACAUCAGCCAUAAUCAGUCUGCCUCUAGGUGCUAUCCCUGCUGUUAAAUGGCUGUUGGAUGUUACCAGUGCUAGCUACAGACUCUGCUAGCUAAGUGAAUAUAUAAUAGGCUGAAAUGAAAUGCAUAGCUGAUGAUUAAUUAAUCCUGUGGGGAGGUGGUUGACCGCUGUGGAGAAUGAAUCCUGUGGGGAGGUGGUUGACCGCUGUGGAGAAUGAAUCCUGUGGGGAGGUGGUUGACCGCUGUGGAGAAUGAAUCCUGUGGGGAGGUGGUUGACCGCUGUGGAGAAUGAAUCCUGUGGGGAGGUAGUCGACCGCUGUGGAGAAUGAAACCUGUGGGGAGGUAGUCGACCGCUGUGGAGAAUGAUACCUGUGGGGAGGUUGGUCGACCGCUUUGGAGAAUGAAACCUGUGGGGAGGUUGGUCGACCGCUGUGGAGAAUGAAACCUGUGGGGAGGUUGGUUGACCGCUGUGGAGAAUGAAACCUAUGGGGAGGUUGGUCGACCGCUGUGGAGAAUGAAACCUGUGGGGAGGUUGGUUGACCGCUGUGGAGAAUGAAUCCUGUGGGGAGGUGGUUGACCGCUGUGGAGAAUGAAACCUGUUGGGAGGUUGGUCGACCACUGUGGAGAAUGAUACCUGUGGGGAGGUUGGUCGACCGCUUUGGAGAAUGAAACCUGUGGGGAGGUUGGUCGACCACUGUGGAGAAUGAAACCUAUGGGGAGGUUGGUCGACCGCUGUGGAGAAUGAAACCUGUGGGGAGGUUGGUUGACCGCUGUGGAGAAUGAAACCUGUUGGGAGGUUGGUCGACCACUGUGGAGAAUUAAACCUGUUGGGAGGUUGGUCGACCACUGUGGAGAAUGAAACCUGUUGGGAGGUUGGUCGACCACUGUGGAGAAUGAAACCUAUGGGGAGGUUGGUCGACCGCUGUGGAGAUCAGAGCAUAGGAGGACACAGCACACACUCACACACACACACACACACACACACACACACACACACACACACACACACACACACACACACACACACACACACACACACACACACACACACACACACACACACACACACACACACACACACACAGCCAAUCCACUUCCCUUCAGUCUGCACAAACAAACAAAGCCCCACAAAAUGGGGAUUAGAAACCUCAAGCUGAUUCCUUCACCAGACUAGACCGCCUUUGAUGAUCAUGCGUUCUUUUCUUUUUAUGGAUUUGCUGAAUAUUUAUUUUCCUAAACAUCUAACGAUGGCGAUGCCAUGUGAGAUGAUAAUUUAUGAGGAGGAGAAAGUAGAUUAACGGUGUGUGCGCGUGCGCAUGUGUCUGUCUGUGUUUGUGUGUGUUCCCCACAGCGUACAAAGAGAAGAUGAAGGAGAUGUCUGUCCUGUCUCUCCUCUGCUCCUGCCUGUACCCAGAGACACGCAAGAACCUGGUGGGAGAGUUCCAAGGUAAGAAGAAAGGUCAACUGACUUUUUAAAUGUUUCAAAUCACUUUCACCUUACAGUAAAGGCAACCAAGAGGCAAUCUUUUUAAAAAGUGAAAGUUUGAUUUGGAGUAAUAUUAUCACUACAAAGGCAGGAUUUAGAGUUUCCCUUUGUGGUUUUCCUCCGCCUGUCUCCCCCCCCCCCCCCUUCUAGUAGCAGGCAUGGAGGUGAAGCCCAUCAACAAGCGUGCCUCUGGUCAGGCCUUCGAGGUGAUCCUGAAGCCCCUCUCUCCGGUGUCGGACACGGCCCACUGCGUCACCUCGCCUCCCAAGAAGGAUGUCUCUUUGGAGGACAUCCAGAAGAAGCUGGAGGCCGCUGAGGACCGGAGGAGAGUGAGUCACCAUCUAACAGUUUCCCUUAGCAUAAGCCGACAACUUAAUUCAAUCACUGAAUCACACUGAAUCACGCUAGCAUAUUACACUUUGUCCUAUCCUUCUUAGCCUAUACCUUGGCUUGGCUUGGACUUUGACUGCUGUACUUUACUAACUAAGCAAUGAUCAUAUUCAUCAGGCAAAGGAAUGACACUAAAGCUAAUUCUUACCCUCUCCUUCCUACCUUGGCCCCCACCUGCAUUCUACUCUAUUCUGUUCUAUUCUAUUCUGUUCUGUUCUGUUCUGUUCUAUUCUAUUCUGUUCUAUUCUGUUCUGUUCUGUUCUGUUCUGUUCUAUUCUAUUCUGUUCUAUUCUGUUCUGUUCUGUUCUGUUCUAUUCUGUUCUGUUCUGUUCUGUUCUGUUCUGUUCUAUUCUGUUCUGUUCUGUUCUGUUCUAUUCUGUUCUGUUCUGUUCUAUUAUAUUAUGUUCUAUUAUAUUCUGUUAUAUUCUGUUCUGUUGUUCUAUUCUGUUCUGUUCUAUUCUGUUCUAUUCUGUUCUAUUCUGUUCUAUUAUGUUCUGUUCUAUUCUGUUCUAUUCUGUUCUAUUAUGUUCUGUUCUAUUCUGUUCUAUUCUGUUCUAUUAUGUUCUGCUGUGUUCUAUUUUCUUCUAUUCUAUUCUGUUCUGUUCGAUUCUGCUCUAUUCUGUUCUGUUUUAUUCUUUUCUGUUCUGUUCUGUUCUGUUCUGUUCUAUUCUGUUCUAUUCUGUUCUGUUCUGUUCUGUUCUGUUCUAUUCUGUUCUGUUCUGUUCUGUUCUAUUCUAUUCUGUUCUGUUCUAUUCUGUUCUUGUUCUAUUCUGUUCUGUUCUGUUCUAUUCUGUUCUGUUCUAUUCUGUUCUAUUCUGUUCUAUUCUGUUCUAUUCUAUUCUAUUCUAUUCUGUUCUAUUCUGUUCUAUUUUACUUUUUUCUAUUCUAUCACCUCUUCAGUCCCAGGAGGCCCAGGUUCUCAGGGCCCUGGCGGAGAAGCGGGAGCACGAGAGGGACGUGGUGAUGAAGGCCAUGGAGGAGAACAGCAAUUUCAGCAAGAUGGCAGAGGAGAAGCUGACCAUGAAGAUGGAGCAGAUCAAGGAGAACCGCCAGGCCUACCUGGCCUCCAUCAUGGAGCGCCUGCAGGAGAAGGUGAGAGGAGAGUUUGGUGGGAAAGAUGGUAGGUGGAGACAGCAAGACUAGGGGAGUGGACAAGGGGUUGGGCAAGAUAGAAGGCUUUGAUAUUUUUUGGUAGGGGCUGCUGGCAUCAUUCAAGGAUGAAACACUGGCCAUUGUAGUUGAACGUAAAUUGAGAGUCUCAGGGCAGGGUCAGUAUUGAGAGGUUUCCAACAUGGCAGCAUCUCUCUCUGUGUUGUCCUCAGGAGAGGCAUGCCCAGGUGGUGCGCAGGAACAAAGAGCUGAGGGAAGAGCUAACAGCGUGAGCAGGCGAGGGGCGCCACCAACCAUCGUACCCCCCUACAGCCACCCUCCUGUACCCCGUAC